GUUCAUGAAUGGAAUUUCAAGGGAGUACAAACUAAAAUAUGAAAAUACAAUAUUUUGAAGCGGGAUAGUUUUCUAGUAUUAAACUACAUCAAUUUUGUACCAAAUUAUCAGAUUUUUGAAUCGACGACGACCCUUUGUCGUGCGCUAUGACGUAGCCGUAACGUGGGGUUUCCUAGAGCUGAGAGCAGGGUUACCGCGCCCAUCUCUGCUGUUUGAUGGCCGGGGGAAGCGUUUGAGAUACUGGUGGUGUGAAGAGAGAACGGGGAACUACGGUGGGAAAGACCAGAAGGAUAGUUAGAAGAUUGGAACGAGACUGUUGUGAAAUACAAGACCACCCAUAGACUCUCAAACGCAGUGUUUUUCCACAAAGCGUUGGUUUAGUAGGGUGAACAUUUCCUCAUCUUUGUGCCGGUGUGUCUCCUCUUGGCGGAUCGAAACCUCUGUUCGGGGAGUGCCACUCCUCGAUAGCUUGCUAGAUCUAGUCUGUGUAUUAGCUAGGUGGAGAGGAGUAGAUCUUCGCUGUUUCCAAUCAAUGCGAUAUAAACCACGGAUACCCUCGACUGAAAACGGAUCAGCAGGAGUCCCGGCGGCGGAGCGAGGCACACCAUUAGCAGAGGAAAAUGAGCGAACUGGACCAGCUACGCCAGGAGGCCGAGCAGCUCAAGAACCAGAUCAGAGAUGCCAGGAAAGCGUGUGCGGAUGCUACCCUGUCUCAGAUCACAGCAAACAUCGACCCAAUUGGCCGAAUUCAGAUGCGCACUAGACGGACACUGAGGGGGCAUCUGGCAAAAAUCUAUGCCAUGCACUGGGGCACUGACUCGAGGCUUUUAGUCAGUGCCUCCCAGGAUGGUAAACUCAUUAUUUGGGAUAGCUACACCACAAACAAGGUCCACGCCAUCCCGCUGCGCUCCUCCUGGGUGAUGACUUGCGCUUACGCCCCCUCUGGGAACUACGUGGCCUGCGGAGGCCUGGACAACGUCUGCUCCAUCUACAACCUCAAGACCCGCGAGGGGAACGUGCGUGUCAGCCGUGAGCUGGCCGGACACACAGGUUACUUGUCCUGCUGUCGCUUCGUGGAUGACACCAAGAUCGUCACCAGCUCUGGAGAUACCUCAUGUGCUCUCUGGGACAUUGAGACGGGCAUGCAGACGACCACGUUCGCCGGCCACACUGGCGAUGUCAUGAGCCUGUCGCUUGCGCCCGACACGCGGCUGUUUGUGUCCGGGGCGUGUGACGCUUCCGCCAAGCUCUGGGACAUCAGAGAAGGAAUGUGCCGACAAACCUUCACCGGGCACGAGUCGGACAUUAAUGCCAUCUGCUUCUUCCCCAAUGGUAACGCCUUUGCCACGGGCUCAGACGACGCAACCUGCAGGCUCUUUGAUCUGCGCGCCGACCAGGAGCUGAUGGUCUACUCCCAUGACAACAUCAUCUGUGGCAUCACCUCAGUGGCGUUCUCCAAGAGCGGCCGCCUGCUGCUUGCCGGCUACGACGACUUCAACUGCAACGUGUGGGAUAGCCUCAAGGCUGACCGUGCAGGUGUGCUGGCUGGACAUGACAACCGUGUCAGCUGCUUGGGUGUAACUGAUGACGGCAUGGCCGUGUCAACAGGGUCCUGGGACAGCUUCCUCAAGAUCUGGAACUAGAGUCUGAAGAUGGCAUCUGGACUCCGAAGUUCAGUGGAAGACUAUUCCAAAAUGUUCAAUUUUAUUGCAUAUCCAAUCUUCUCAAAACCAUGAAACUGACUCCAACCCCCAAAAACUACCAAGGGAAAAAUUCUCUCCUUAUUUAAAAGAAGAGCACAAUUGUUUCACUCAGCUAAAAAGAUGAGGAAUUUCAGUGGAAUAGAAUGGGGGAGAGAAUUGUGCAUUCCUCCUGGGACCAUUUUCUGAUAUUGUGUCAUAAGAAAAUACAUUCACCCCCAUGCAAAUGUGUAAUCCAUCUUCAAUACACAGGUUUGAGUGAAGGUAAUCUACACAACGGUGAUUUAACUCUUGAUAGCUUUUUGGUCAUGUUUAUUUUUUCCCCCACCUUUAUUUUUGGUUCAGGGAACUAGAUCAGUGACCUGUUGGUAAAAUGAGGAUUGAGAGCUUUGUUUUAUCAGUCUUGAUAUAGUUUAGAGUCAAGUUUUGUAGGUUGGAAAUAAAAAUGACAAAUUAUCGUCAUCUUAAUCACAUCAGAAAAAAAGGCAAGAGAAUUGAGCUUCAGCAGGGAGUCGAGUCCAUGAGCCACCAACAGGAGGAUCUGGCCAUUCUGUAUAUUUAGUCCCAAGAUACUUCACUAUUUGUUUAUUUUUUUCUGUUUAGUCACAUGUUUGUUUGCACAAAUUUAAACUUUGCAUGUAUAGAAUAAUGUUUCAAGAAAAGUUAACUAACCAAGCAUAUUCUGUUUAUGAUAAUGAAUGCUCAUUUUCAAAAUGAAAACAAACAACAUUUUAACCAUUCUCUUCACCUUUUGUUGGGCGACAAUGUAGAAUAAUUAAAUGAAGAUUAACCCAUUGGUUCACUUUCUUCGUUUUAUUUCUGUUUUGUUACCCUUUUGAUGACCGUGGUUGCGACCGGAGAAGUGAUUUCGUUGGGUAGGGAGGCCUCUACUUAUUACCCCGGUUUCAUUCAACAGAGGUGCCCAUUCCGUGCUUGGAAAUGCAGUAACUACUCUGUGAAUGACAUGUUGUAUAAAUCAAUGUUUGAAAAUAAUGAUAAUGAAGCUUUUUAAGUUAAAAAAUAAAAUAAAAAAUAUUUUGGCUUUCUGCCAUGGGUGGGUUAACUCUUAGAAUCGCAUGCUGUAGAAUUGCUUAAAAAGAGGUGCAUAUAGAACUAAGUCCUUUUGAUGUUUUUCUUUAAGAAAAUAACCUGUUAAAUAUAUCAUUACAAUGGUAUUUAUCUUGUUUUUGGCUACUGUGCAUACAUAAUUCAAUUAAAAUGUCAAUCCUAUGCACUUGAGAGAAGCAAACACCACAGCAUAACAAAUGGUUACCUGGUCUUACAAUAUUCAUUCUUGGGAUGGAUUCCUUGAUAAAAGUAAUGUAAACAUUUAAAACAUAUGCACACACAAAUGGAACAAAUACAUUUUCAUUCCUUCUGUAGCAAACAAAUUCCAGUGACAAAGAAAAUAAACAUUUUGUAACAGGUUUUUUUCUGUCCUUUAAUAAUAAAAAAUAAAAAACUUGCAGCAUUUGAAUGACAGAAUUUUCUGUUCCCCUCCUUGUGUAAACACUUUCUUUAGCAGUAGUGGCAUUUUUUUCCCCCCAUUCUGUUUUUUCUUUGCAAAAUUCUGUACAAAAAUGUGCUGUAUUUGUGCGUUAGGCCUGGAGUUGGCAACAAAGAAAAUCAAUACAGAAAUAUUAAAUAAAAUUCCUUUUCCUUUUCUUGCCAUGAAAUAACUGUAGAUCUCUGCACCCAGCUGUUCCCUUCUCACCUUUUGUAUUUAAAUUUAAAGUCAGUCAGUGUACAACCGAAAGCUGGCUGCAAGAUAGAAACUAUAUUAAAAUGUACUGUUAUUUAAGAUGAAAUAAAAAGCAGUUUGAGAUGA